AUGGAUGGCAUACAAAUGGAGCCAAUCGGCAAAUACAAGGCCGAUAGAAACGGUUCUGCUAAGGCAGCUGCUUGGCGUAAUAUGGUUGAUCAAGAUUUAGACGAUGUCGCAUUUCUUGCUGACACAGACAAGGCCCGCGAGGCGCGUGAGCUGCGCGAGGCGCCGGUCGCCGUCUGUUCGCAGCGCCGCGCCCUCUGCCUCGCCGCCCUGGUUUUCUCGGCUAUGUUUGCGACUGCCCUACUCGUUGUAUACGCGACUCCACAACCUGAUUGUCCCUGUGCUGAAGACAACCCACUCGUACCUAGGAACCCUCCAACUGAUGCUGAGGGUAAUGCUGCGGCGGCUAACAAAGAACGAAUAGCGAGUAACGGCGCAGUAUUCCCAUGGCGCGGAGCUCGACUACCGACAUUCGUAAUACCAAAGCACUACAGUCUGUGGUUGCAUCCCAAUCUCACUACAGGAGAGCUACGAGGUGAGGUGUCCAUUGACUUCAAAGUAGACCGGGACACCACCUUCGUGGUGCUGAAUGUACGGGAUAUGAAUGUGACAGAACGGGCGUUGUUCAAGAGCGGGGGCUCCUUAGGACCCAAAGUUGUGAAGACCCUGGAUUACCCGCCAGCUGAUCAAACUUACAUCGAGUUUAAGGAAAAACUUCGCCGCAAAUACAAUUACACUCUGAGUCUUCGGUUCAUCACCAAAUUGGAGAGGAAUGAUAAGCAGAGGGGCUUCUUUCUGACUGGCAGCCACAAACACCGAUGUGCUGUUUCGCGGUUCUGGUUGACGCAUGCGCGGUCAGCGUUCCCUUGCUUGGAUGAACCGCAUCUGAGGGCUACCUUCAAGCUCACGAUAGUCCGAGACAGGUUCCACGUGUCUCUAACUAACAUGCCCAUUAUGGCGACAGAGGAGGCAGGCUUCUACUUGGGACAUAGAUUGCUACAAGACGAGUUCGUCCAAUCCCCCCCAAUGCCCCCCCACAUGAUGUCGGUGGCUGUUUGCCGCCUCCAACGUCGAGCCGCACCCCCACUCCCCUCAGACCACAACUAUAACGACACGGAGGUGACAACCAUACCGGAUACCAUGAUACCCAUGACCACAGAACCGGAUGAAGACUAUGUACUCCCCCCACCGGAGAUCAGCUUGUACAGUGAUCAACAAGUCAUCCUGGAUGAAUCUGGCCCUCUCCUGGAUUGGGUCCAGAAAACGAUCCAGCACUUCGCGUAUGAAUUAAACACGUCAUACCCUCUCCCUAAAUUUGAUAUUGUGGUGGUGGAAGGUGGUAACUCGUACUCUGAAGGUUGGGGUCUCAUUACCCUGGCUCCGUCCACGCUAACUGAUACCAAAACUAUUGCCAGGUUGCUGGCACAGCAGUGGUUUGGAGGGUUGGUGUCACCACGCUGGUGGAGUUCCCAGUGGCUGAUGGAGGCCCUGACGUCAGUGCUCGCUGAGAAGGCGCCCCCACUUGGAGAUGUCAUCGCCGAGCGACCACUCGACACCCUGCUCCUUGACCACGUUUUACCAGCUCUUAGGCUGGAUUCAAGCAAUUCAGUGCGCGCGGUAGCAUCUCCGAGGUUGGAUAGGGCCGACAUAGAGGCCACCACUGACGAUCUUUCACUGCACAAGGGCGCGGCCAUCGUGAGCAUGGCGGUGGAGGCGGCGGGCGAGGCGGCGGGCCGCGCCGCGCUGGCCCGCCUGCUGCGGCUGCACCGCGCCGCCAGCGCGGACGCCAGGGAUUUAUGGAGGGCGCUGGAACGUGAUGAUGCCACGGAGAGUACUGCCGGUGCUGGUGGUGGUGGUGGUGGUGGUGGUGGUGGUGGUGGUGGUGUGGGUGGUGGCGGCGGUGGUGGCGCGGCUGGUGCGGCGUGGGACGGGUGGUGCGAGCGCGCCGGGUACCCGCUGGUGCGGGCCGCCUCCCGCGGGAACGACGUCGUCCUGCACCAGGAACGUUUCGUGAUGUCUGCUGACCCACCGGAAGUAGACCCGCCGAUGAUGACCGACUUCCUCACCCAAGAUCUCAGGGCUGAUCUUGAUUUGCUGUUUUACGAGCCUGAAAAUCUAACAGAAAUAAUAGAAGACGAGAAUAGCACGACGACGACACCACCACCGACCACGAAGCGCCCCACCACAGUGAAACCAGGCCCCACCACCGGGCCUCCGCCGCGGUGGACCAUCCCCCUCACCUUUGUGGUGGGCCCUCUUCUCCCAAUAGAGGAACCCGAUAACGUGACCAAAGUGUGGAAGAAUGUGACAGAAGCUGUUCACAAUACUACCUGGUACGAUGUAGGUAAUGAUACCAAAGCAGCAAGAAGUUCAAGAUGGGCUGAGAACGUCACGCAUCUGAUAUGGAUGAACGAAACUGAGAUGGUGAUCCCCGACCUGGGUAAGCACAAGUGGGUCCGGUACAACGUGGGAGCCCGGGGGCUCUACAGGGUGGCGCCGCACUCGCCCGCCGGCGACGGCGCUGAGACAGAAGAAGAAGCAGCUAAACGCGCUGCAGAGUUAUACGACAGCGGCGCCCCGGCGGAACGGGCUCUCCUUCUAGAUGAUGCUUUCGUGCUGAGUCGUGCUGGUAGACUUCCAGCCAGCAGGGCCAUAGCAGCUGCAACGCGCCUCAGCACAGAAACCCACUGGGCUCCAUGGCGAGUGGUGCUGAACCAUCUAUCCUGGUGGAGAGAACUGCUCAGGUUUAGCUUGUCUGGACCUCAGCUCAACAAGCUAUUGAGUAGCAUCCACCCGCCCAAUGUGAAGAUAUAUAGCCCCAAGGAGAUCGAGAGUGGGAGACUCAGUGAAGAUGAACUAUGGCUCAGUGGUGCCCUCCUGACCGCCGGCGUGGAAUGGGAGAACCCAAAAGUCACGAAACAAGCUGUGAAAUUAUUCGACGCGUGGCUCAACGAUAACCAAACUAUACCAGAUAUAUACCAAGAGGCCGCGUUCACUGCGGGGGUGCGCGCGCGCGGCCCGCCCGCCUGGGACGCCUGCUGGCGCGCGCUCGCGGCCGACGGCGCCGCCCCGCGCCCGCCGCACGGCCACCGCGCGCUGCUCGCCGCGCUCGCCUCGCCCGCCGACGACUGGCUCCACACCAGGUUCGCGUGGACGGCGCUAUCGCGGGAAGCUCGGCGCGGGCGUGAGUGGCGAGCGUGGGCCACCGCACUGCUCGCCGCCGCAUGCAGGUGGCGCGGCGCGGGCGGCGUGUGGCGCGUGCUGCCCGACCCGCCGCCUCCUCUGCCGCCGGCCGCGCUGCUGGCGGCCGCUCGCUGCCUACAUCAGCCCACAGACUACUACCGGCUGAAGGCGCUGUACGGGUCGUCCCGCGGCGGCCCGGCGGCGCUGGACGUGGCGGCGCUGAACGCGCGCUGGGUGCCGCGCGCCGACCGCGACCUGCACCGACACUUCGCCGCGCUCGCGCCGCGCUAG